CAUUUAAUUUGAGAUUUGACAUUUCUGCCGGUCGAUUUUACGGAAGUGUUCUCUGCGCCAGCAAUUUUCCAACAAGGAAUUUCAUCAUAAUUUUUGCAUUCGAAUAAAGAGUUUUAAAAUUUAUUAAAAAUUAUACAAUGGCUGAUGAAAGCAAGAAAGAGUGCUCCCUUUGCAACAAGAUUGGACUUAAACCAUUCACAAAGCAAAAUAUUUACUAUUACUACAUCCCUAUGCAUGGACUUGUGUCCUAUGGAGCUCUAGCUGUUAACGUUAUGAACCCUAAAUUGGUUUCCAAAUUGGUUCCCAAUAAGGAUUUAACUGAUGUUCUACUGCUGAGCACAUUAUUUGGAACUUCAUUCUUUCUUUAUGGACGUCCCCAUUUGAGAACAAUUCCAAAUGGCAAGAGGGGGCUUUAUAGUAUGUUGGGAGGUUCCCUGUUCAGCAUGGGUUCUUUGUUAAUGUGGGCUGUUCUCCGCCGCACUGUUCCCAACAACAAUGCUGCUUUGGCCACAGUUCUGGGACUUGCUUCUGGUGCUGUAAUCGUUAAGUUAAGCACUGACUACUUUGAUGAAUGUGACAAAUUAGUCGCCGGCAAGUAAAUUGUUUGUCCUAGGUCGAAUUGUGUGCUUUUUUUUCUUUAAAUAUUAAGAUGCUUAAAUAGAAAAGUCCUUUUUUAUAUUAUUUUACCUUCCCUUAAAAAAAUUAUUGUUGGUUUUCCUUCUUAAGUUACGUUCAUCUUUAGUUACGUGAGGUAUAUUAAUUUAUUAAGUAAUUAAGUGGCAAAUGUCUGACCGGAUAAAAUCGGUUGUGUUGAAAUCAAUAAAACUAUUAAAAAAUCAA